UUUGUUACUUUUGAUACUUGCUGUAUUACUUGGUAAUGCUAGGAAAGGUGUAAUCUGAUCUUUGAACCAUAUUUGGUAAAUAGUAAUUUUGUAUGGAACCCGCUGUUCUAUCAGUAAGAGGAAAAUUAUUGCCCAAAUGUAAGGCUUUUCUUUGCCUUUAAAGCAUUUCCUGACUUAAAAACCAAGUUAUAUCAUGCGUUGAUUCUUUUUGCUUUUUAAAGUACACUACUCCAGAUCUGUAACUUUUUAACAAGAGAUGUGUUGACAAACGUACUUUCUAUUUUAUUUGGAGGGAGAAGAAUUACAUUGUUUACCUUGCUUACCACUGAUUCCCUUUAUGUUCUAAAUGUAAAUUGUUAUAUUUGUAUUCAUUAUCAGCUCUGAGAAUUGAGCUCUCUGACACAUUUCCUUUGUAGUUCUGAAAUCAAUGUGGAUAAAUCAGUUGUGUCUCUUAGGAUGUGAUGCAGUUGAGUUAUUUAAACCUAAAGCUUGUUACACACUGUUGUUUUAGUAUAUAUGAAAAUGAAAACUUAGGUAGACCUGUAUGUUUAGAAUAAAAAAAUGUGUUUCACUCUGUAGUAAUGCAGAAAAAUUGAUUAUCUACUGUGUGCUAGGUUGUUAGCCACUUGUGUACUUUAGCUAAUUCUCUUGACAGUCUAGUAAAGUGAGGUGUAGUAUCCAACUUGAUAGAAAAGAAACUUCUGCAGAGAGUUUUAGUCCAAGGCCAUGCUGACACAAGAUUUGAACCUAGAUCUGUCUCUGCCAGAAUUUUUUCACUGACAAUAUGCCAUCGUGAAAGAUGGAAAAUUUACAUUUUUCUUAAAAACUAUUUUGAUUCUCUUUUGCUUUGCUGUGUUGCUAGUCACUAGAAAUGCAGGGAGUUAGUUCUUUGAAUCCUUGUCCUCGCUAUUAUUAUUAUUAUUAUUAUUAUUAUUAUUAUUAUUAUUUUGUCUUGUUAGCAGUUCCCACAAUCUGUCAUCAUUUGACAGUAGCAGAGAAUUCAAUUCAUUUUGAGUGCUGCGGCAUUUGUUUCUUAGAGAAGCUCCCUUGGGUGCCAGCUCACCAAGUGUAAGGACAUCCUUGCCAGGCUCUCAUGCAACAGUCUAAAAUAUCCUACCAUUUCUGUAACCUCUGUAGUUGUGUGUGUGUGUGUGUGUGUGUGUGUGUGUGCGUGCGUGUGUGUGUGUGUGUGUUAAUAUGGACCCAACAAAUUUAUACCAAAAAGAUUGAACCUAUUUUGGUAAUGGAAAAAGAGAAUUUCCAGUGUGGUUAAGAACCACAUCUUAUGAGCUGUUUUUUUGCCUCCCACUUUAAGAAUUACCAAGUAUUUUUAAAAAUUGGAACUUGAAAUUCAGUUCAUUGCUUGGAUGUAUUUCUGAAGAAACCUCUGAGAAUUGAUUGUAGGAAAUCAGGGGAGCAGUUAGAAGACAAUUGGAAAUAAGAUAGUGAAAGAAGAGCAAAACGACCUGAAAAUGAGGACUUUACAAUUUUAAUUUGACCAGUGAAAGUGGAUUUGCUGUUUUUCUCUUUCGGCUAUUGUCUGUGGUCCCACGUUGGACAGUCUGCUGCUGAAAGCGAUCACAGGUCUCACGAAGGCCACUGUUUCAGUAGCUGGAACUGGAAGUCGAGAGUCGAGUUGGGUAAAGAAAGACAGUGACUUAACUCGUGUAAAUGGCAUCUUCUGGGAACUUACAACUUAAGAGAUCCUUUUUCCACCUCAGAAUAUCUUCCGUGAGACGCACUGGGGACUACAUCAUUGCCAUUAGGUCUCAUAGUGUUACCUGGUCACGUUUCUCGUUCCGCCUGCCUCUAGUUUACUCUAGUUUCUCUUCUGCUUUCAAGGCUCCAGACCCAGUUCCUGGACCUGCCCUGGAAAAGAAGUAUCCGGUAGAGAUGAGCUCACUGCAGUUACUUAAUUAAAAAUUUGUAAGCUGCAAAAAUGGCAAAGGGCCAACCAAGAACAGCUACAAUUUGAAUUUUUCUAUUUCCAGAUCCAGCCAACAAGACUUGAUGAUGGAUUAGAUCUGGGAUCUGAAAGAAGGAUCAACUGGAUGAAUGAUGGCACCAUUUACUGAGAUGAAAAAGACUGCGAAAGGAUUGGCUUGAAAGGGGGGAAAUUAAGAGUUUCCUUUUGGACAUAAAAAUGCUUGGACAGAAGAGAUGAGUACUAUUUCCACUAAGGCCUAGAAUUGCCUACUGUACAAAUAGUCCUGAUCAGGCAAUAUACGAAUGGCCCAAGGAAGCCACCAAAUUGAUUUUCAGGUUUUACAUGACCUGCGACAAAAAUUCCCUGAAGUACCUGAAGUUGUUGUAUCCAGGUGCAUGUUACAGAAUAAUAACAACCUGGAUGCCUGCUGUGCAGUUCUCUCUCAGGAGAGUACAAGGUAUCUUUAUGGUGAAGGAGACUUGAACUUCUCGGAUGACUCUGGAGUUUCUGGCCUACGCAAUCACAUGACUUCUCUCAACUUGGACUUGCAGUCGCAGAAUGUUUACCACCAUGGGAGAGAAGGACAUCGAGUGAAUGGAAGCAGGACUCUGACGCACAGCAUUAGUGAUGGACAACUUCCAGGUGGUCCGGCCAAUAACGAGCUAUUUCAGCAGGAGCCACAGACAGCACCAGCUCAAGCUCCUCAAGGCUUUAACGUUUUUGGAAUGUCUAGUGCAUCGGGUGCUUCAAAUUCAGCACCGCAUCUUGGAUUUCACUUAGGCAGCAAAGGAACAUCUAGCCUUUCUCAGCAGACUCCCAGAUUUAAUCCCAUUAUGGUGACGUUAGCCCCAAACAUCCAGACUGGUCGUAACACUCCUACAUCUUUGCACAUACAUGGUGUACCUCCCCCUGUACUGAACAGUCCACAGGGAAAUUCUAUCUAUAUUAGGCCUUAUAUUACGACUCCUGGUGGUACAGCUCGACAGACACAACAGCAUUCUGGCUGGGUAUCUCAGUUUAAUCCUAUGAACCCUCAACAAGUCUAUCAGCCUUCACAGCCUGGCCCCUGGACUCCUUAUCCUGCAUCUAAUCCUAUGUCACAUACCUCAGCCCAGCAGCCAAACCAGCAAGGCCACCAGACCUCUCACGUCUACAUGCCCAUCAGUUCACCUACUACUCCACAGCCACCGACCAUUCAUUCAUCUGGGAGCUCCCAGUCUUCUGCCCAUAGCCAAUACAACAUUCAGAACAUUUCGACAGGACCUCGAAAAAACCAGAUCGAAAUCAAACUUGAACCCCCACAAAGAAACAGCUCUUCAAAAUUGCGUUCCUCUGGACCUCGAACCUCCAGCAGUUCCUCUUCGGUCAACAGCCAGACCUUAAAUAGAAAUCAGCCCACUGUUUACAUAGCUGCCAGUCCCCCAAAUACUGAUGAGAUGAUGUCCCGUAGUCAACCUAAGGUCUACAUUUCGGCCAAUGCCGCCCCAGGAGAUGAACAGAUCAUGAGGAAUCAGCCCACCCUCUUCAUAUCCACAAACUCCGGAGCAUCUGCGGCCUCCAGGAACAUGUCUGGGCAAGUGAGCAUGGGUCCUGCCUUUAUUCACCACCACCCUCCCAAAAGCCGAGCAAUAGGCAAUAACUCCGCAACUUCUCCUCGAGUGGUGGUCACUCAACCCAAUACAAAAUAUACUUUCAAAAUUACAGUUUCUCCUAAUAAACCCCCUGCAGUUUCACCAGGGGUGGUGUCCCCUACCUUUGAACUUACAAACCUUCUAAACCAUCCUGAUCAUUAUGUAGAAACAGAGAAUAUUCAGCACCUCACGGACCCUACUUUAGCACAUGUGGAUAGAAUAAGUGAAGCACGGAAGUUGAGUAUGGGAUCUGAUGAUGCUGCCUACACUCAAGCUCUGUUGUGGUACAACCAGAAGGCAGAAUGGAACGACGUCAAAGAGAACUUGAGAUUCAAAAGAAAAAGCUGGAUAAACUAAAAUCU